GUCAUCGUGAGAAAGGCUAAUUUCUCGGUCAUAAAGCUAGGAAGUGUGAUUGUCUGAUAUGGAAGCACCGCUUCAAACCAGAAGGAUUCUGGGAAGAAAUCUCUCAUGUUUCCAAUAUGGCGGUUUUUUCUUGUUUUCCACUAUGUUUAGUUUUCGUGUAAUAUAUUGUAAGAAAUUCACAUAGUCUUGGCCGGUUUUAUUAUUUCAUUGACUGGAAUAUCUGCAGGACGUUGUUGUGUAUGUUAAAGAGUUGAAAAGUUAAGAUAACUGUGAAGAUAUCAUUGGAAAUAUACAACACUGGCUUGCUGAGGAGUGAGUGUCUGAGACUACUAGACUAGUGAGUAACAAAAUGAAAAUAGAUAACUUUUAUAAACGAUUGUUUGGUGUUUACAUAAUUUUGAUAAAAAUUUGCCUGCCAGUAUGCACACAAAUAUUAUAUUGAGAGCUUUAACAUAUUUGAACGGCAGUGGUACCUCAAAAGACAAUUUCAAAAUAAUUUGAAGUCAGUGGCGGACACUAGGGGUAGGGGGCAAGGGACAACCACCACCCCAAUAAUUUCUGAAAGGUCCCUUCGUCAAACUACUAACUUCCCGAUGAAGAGCCUUUGCUUGAAACAUCCAGGUUCUGUUUACAUUUUUCAUCGAAUAUUUCCCACAAGCUGCUGCUGUUCAUUUUGAAAUAAUAAUUUUGAAGCUUUCUAUAUAUUUGCUAUGAAAGGUUUAAACUUUAGGGUGAGCAAUUUCCAAACUUUCCAAUCACAGGGUCUGAAUUAUCACUAAAAAACAGCAAGUUGAAGCUUUGAGACAGAUUUCAUGUAACUCCUCCAUCAUGACAACAAGCAUUCACAUUUGCAUCAUGUUCUCUAAAUCACGAGAUAUAAAUUAAGCUAAAUUUUCACUCACUACUUUUAUCUACUUUUUAAGUCCCAAAAGUGUUCAGUACUAAAAUUCUAAUCAUAUGCAUGCUCUCGCACUUAAAUGAUUGGGCGACAUAUGACAAGUAAUUAUUGAUUGCUGAAUGUCAAAACAUUAAUUAGGUUUUGGUUUUAAUUUUAAAUUUUAUUUAUUUAAGCAACAACCUUUAGUUAAGUUUUAGCUUAGCAAUAGGAAACCAAAACGUGAGUUUUUUAAUCCCGAAGAACAAAAAUUAUUUUCCACUAUUAUACAAAAAGCCAAAAAGGAGAACAUACAUACAUACAGUCUAAGUCUGUAACUGGUAGCCAAAAUUCACAAGACAGAUUUACAAAAAAAAUUAAACACCCUUUAGUUAGUAGUUUAAUGAAAAAACCUGCACAUGUUUGGUGAAAUCUCACAAGUAAAAUUCACUCAAAUGAUAUUAAAAAUGAAAUGUCGAAAAAUGUUUCUACACCUCCAAAUUUUAACAUCUUUCAAAAUUUUAUUAAAAUGUUGAGAAAAUUUGUUCAUGCACUAGCAGAAUAUAUUUUGCCCUCUGUAAUGGAUAACCAGAGACCACCAUUAACAUUUGCAGGCCUGACUGUUUGAGGCGUGCGCCUCCACAUGCGCCUUGACUCUUUGAGACGCACUUUUUAACAUGUGCCUCGUUUGUUUUAAGAGUAUGAAAUCUGGUUUUUUAAAUUCUAAAUGAAAUUUUGCCGGAACAAAUCCUCGCCAUUUAGACUAGUUAUAAAAUCUUGAAUGACUGGUUUAAUGCUGAUGAAAUGAAAUGAUAACUGCUGGUCGGCAAAGGAGCGACGAGAUUCUUCAACGUGCAUUAGAAUUUUACACGCAAAGUCAAACUCGACAGCAACACCAUAGAUUAAGAAACUCCGUUAAGAAAGCGUAUAAUUGAGAAAGACGCCAUAACCAUUGACGAUAACGAUGAUUCGUCAAGCUCGUUGGAAAUCGAGUCAGAGGACAGCGAUGUUGACAUUUUCAUUCAUGUUUAAAGUAUGAUGACUUUGAAAAUAUCACAAAUACACAUACUCACUAGUACAAACAUUUUAUAUAUAUGUAGUACCUAUACUAAUUUCGCCUAAACUCCAAUGUUAAAAUUGUUUUGUUCUACAUAAAUUUUUACUCAGUUUUGUGAAUGUUAUUCUAGUCUGUAUAGCCAAUAAGCAUAAUUUUUACCUUGUUUUAAUCGCGUGCCUGACGUUAAUAUGGCGCACGAUAUGAUGUGCGCCUGCCCAAAUACUUAUGGCCAGGCCUGCAUUUGCCUUCAAAGAUUGCAAGGCAGCCAUGCAGUUGCAGAUGGAUAAUAGUUGUUGCUCCAAAGAUGUUCCCUAAUAGUUGUGUAGUUUGAUGUUUACUCAUGGUAAUGUUUUCCCGUACAAGCUCAAAAAAUUUUUGUUUUACUGUAGGUGCUGUAGUUUUCUAAUCAUCGUCCACAAUGGUGUCUGAUACCAGGUAAACAUCUUACAAAAGAAAAUCUUUGAUUAGAAACAGCCACAAUUUGAAAAAUUAUACUUAUCAAUGUUUUAAUGUGGCUGUAAUGAAACCCAAUCAUAGCUGUAUAUUCUAUGCCGCAGCCAACCUUUGAUAUUUUUGAAAGGAUGAAUUGACAGUUUACCAAUGAAAAGGUAUUUCAAGUGAGAAAUGUUUAUAAAGAACUGUUUGAAUCAAGUCAUAUUUGGAAUACUUAAAAAUUGAAGGCACUGCGGAACUGCUGUUUAUAAAUAAUGAAAAUAAUAUAGAGAAUGUAAGAGAAUCUUCUUCAUAAGUUUGCUUUAAUUGCAGUAAAUAUAGCUUCAAUAUAUUUAAUGUGUGUCAUUUAUACACACUUAACAGAUGAGGUGGGGGGGUGCUAAACAUCCUUACUUGCAGCUGAGAGCUAAGUUGAAUUGCAAAGGAUGCAACAGGACCUGAUCCAGUUAAAGGCUUUCCAAGGCCGCAUCUGGUAGCCACCUUAUGAACUUAUGAUUCAUGAUCACAGAUUCACAGAGCACAGCUACAGUGGAAAGUUCAGUUUUGAGCUUAUCCCAACCAACCCUGUCAGUGUCAACAUUCCCUGUGGGAGGCAACCAUAGUACCCAGAGAACACCCACAACUUUUGGUAGAGCGUUGACUAACUCUUUCCACAAGUAUCAUGAGCGAGUCUGCAUGCAGCGACAAUCAAAUCUACAAUUUCAAAGGUGAAAGGUGCUUGCUCUGAUGAUUACACCACCGAUUGCACCAGAGGUUAAAGACACUUUCUCUGACAAUAGUGACGAUUAAGUCGUCUCAGAGGUUUAAUACAUCUUUGCAGGGAUUUAUACAGAAGAAGAUUGAGUUUUAGUAGGAGAAAGGGACUUGCUUCAAAGCCCCCUUUCCCAUGGAACAUUUUUGCUUUUGUCCCUACGAAAUAACAUUUCCUGCAUUUUGAGCAAAAAUAUAACCAUUUUAAAACAUGUUUUUAAUGGCGUGUUGAAGAGUGUACAACGAUCAAGUACUUUCUUCUUUUGCAAUAGAUUAUUGUGAAAAAUAUAAUGACUAACUCAAUUGAAGAUUUACUAUGAUCGUAUACUGGUAUCAGAAAAGUGCUUGUAUAAAACCCUGCUUGUAAUUAUAAAUACAGCCAAUCGUAUUUCACAACAUAUGAAUUUUUCGUUUGUUUUAAAACCGCCAAGACGCAUUUAAAAAGGUAGUAUACUGUAGCUACAAUAACUAUAGAACUCUACAAAAUGCUGCCACAAUUUGGCUUUUGGUGCAGGUGUGCCAAAACGUGUAAAAGAUUUUUUCAAUGAAACUACGGAACUGAAGAAAAUUCCCUUUAACAUUUAUUCUAGAAAAAGACGUCGUUCACGCGAUAGAAGUCCACGUGCGAGAAGUCGUUCACGAAGUAAAGAACGUAGUCAGAGGUUAAGUCGAAGAAAAGAUAAGUCAUUUCGAAAACGUAGACGCUCCAGUGCUUCUAGUUCGUCCAGUUCUUCUGACCAUGGAAGAAAUAAGAGUCGGGAGAGAUCUAGAAGGUCAAGAAGUAAAGAUAGAAAUAAGAAGAGUAAACGUUCUCGUAGUCGUAGUCCAGACAGAAGAAAGAGAGCAAGUAACAAAGAUGAUUCAAAAUCAUCAAAGACAAGGUAUGUGGGCAGAAUGAUGCAAUACUAUUUCAUGCAUUGUCUUCACUAUAGCUGGGUUUCAGUCACGUGAUACGUUUAGAGCUUGGUGGUCAACUCCAAGUGGAAACACAUUCAUCGGAUCGGGUUAAAUAUUCAUUAUUAUAAGUAUUGAUCUUGUGCAAUUUAACAAGAUUUACUUGCUUACACAAGGCGGCAAUACUGUAUGUGUAAAGUUGACCACGCCUAUGCAUAGGCGUACCGGGCGGGGGGGGGGCAGUAGCCCCCCAGUUUUUCGGGCAGUCGGGCAAUAUUCGAUUAACAGUCGUGUAAUUUUGGUUUGUUAUAAAAAUAAAUGGGACAAAUUCUGUGAAUUUUUUCGAAAAUUCAGUCAAUUUUGUGGCCAGUGUGGUGUUUGUGGCCAGUGUGAUGUCCAGAAAAAUUUUUUGCCCCCUAAAAUGGUACACUGACCGAAAUUUUUUUGGCGACAGGGGGGGUGGUCGCCAAAAUAAUUUUUCCGGAAAAAAUUUUUUGGUACUAGUCGGGCACAAUCACGAAAAGUCGGGCGAUUUUCUUUCCGCCCCCCUAAUUUUUUCCUUCAGGUACGCCCAUGUCCCUAUGUAUAAGGCUUGAGUGAAACCCAGCUAUUGACGGAAUUUAUCUGAGGAUAACUGAAUAAUGAGUUACUUAAAUGUGCUAUCAUAUUUCACCCAAGCCAGAGGCUCAUUAUUCACGUGCACACUAAGGGUCAGUUUUUGGUGGAAGAAAACCGGAGGAUUAGGGGAGAACCCCUCGAUGAACAGGACAGAACAACCAAACUCUAUGCAUACAUGAGUUUUCAAUCACAGGGAAGUUACUCAACCUGUAUACAUUGUAGAGUUAAUCAAUCCGUCGUCUUCUACGUCCCAUGCCGAACACGCUGCAUCCUUUGCAGGCUUAAUUCGCUGCAUUAUAGAAAAGUCACACACGAUUUGAGAUAGAGUAUGGUAAUAAAAUUUGUAGUUAUUAGAUUUGUGCAUUCCAAGUUAAGCAUAUGUGGUAUGAGCAUGAUUAUGAGUGACAUGGUUGGUGAAAUAAUUAACCAAAUGCCAAUGGACCAUUUGCAUUAUAGACUAAAUUUUGAUCUGGACAAAAAUUUCAUCACAGCUUGAAAGAGCAUCACAAAAUUAGUAAUAUUCCAAAGUUUCGUUGCGAUAUGUUGUAAAAUGCGGAUAAUAUAGCCAUGCGAAGUUUGCCGUUUUUCAGUCAUUUUGUAUUACAAACGGGAAAUCGACAGCUCAAUCGGGUGUUGGGGCAUCAAUUUCCCGUUUGUAAUACAAAAUGACUGAAAAUUGCAAAUUUCGCAAGGCUAUAUUAUCCGCAUUUUACAACAUUUCGCAACGAAACUUUGGAAUAUUACUAAUUUUGUGAUGCUCUUUCAAGCUGUGAUGAAAUUUUUGUCUAGAUCAAAAUUUAGUCUAUAAUGCAAAUGGUCCAUUAAUAGAAUAUUAUUUCAAUAUAUUUUUCUAGUAGAGAUAAAAAGAGAGAUGACUCUGAAAGUGCAUCUAAGAAAACGAAGGUUGGUGUGACUCCGCGCAUCUCGAUACACAUAGCUCCAUCAACAGAGCAAUUCAAAAAUAUGUCAUAUAUAUAUAUAUAUAGGCAAUUGUUCAUCAUUGUUGCAUGACAUAUUAACUGAAAAAUACUGUUUCUGUUAUUUGUAUGAAUACAAGUCAAUUGUGUUCAGACCAACGUGACAACGGCAGUCAAUACAUGAAAAUGUCAGGUUAAAUUAGUUGAUCCAGCUUUUCUUUUAUUUUUUUAAACUUAUUGUCUGGGUCACUUUGCCUUUGUUCAGAAUGACGAAAAGAAAGACGAAAGUAAAAAGGAAGCAACCGGCAAGGUAAGGCAAAGCUUUAGACAUACAGAAGAUUCCCAAGAUUAGCUUCACAACCUCGUUCUAGGACUUUCUUCGCGCAGUUUGAGUAAGUAUAUAUUCCGUGCAGUACAUAGUUGGAAAAACCGGGUCAAAAUAUCAAAAGCAACGCAUUGUUGAAAGUUCAUGCAUACCGGUACGUAUGUUGUUUUGUUGUGUUGUUUAUUGUACCUUGUAAAUCGUUUUAAUCAUUAACCUCCGAAAUAUCUGCUAGGACCAGCUUUCAAAAUUGACCAAGUUCAAAAUUCCAAAAUACAUGAAAAGCACGCGACGAUGGCCUGCGACGAGGUUGUGAAUCUAUUAUUGGUAAACCUCUUGUCGUCUAUUGUACCUACAGUAAUGUAAGGGGUUGUGUUUACUGUAACGGAUUCCGAACCAAAGAGAAUGCCCAAGAUUUGUAGUUCUUUCCUGAUUUCAAAUAUGUGUCUGAUGAUCUCAUUUUUCAGGACUACGAGCAAAAUCAACUUGAAGAGGAAAUGAGGAAGAGAAAAGAACGGUAGGGAUGAAAAGUUGUUUAUAAAGCUAACGAUCAACAAUAAAGUCCUGUACAGACGAGCAAGUUUCCUUGACAGGUUUUCCAUGACAACUUUCAUUUUGCUCUUGUUUACGGAAAAAAAUUGACAAUUUUUCCUUGCCAAGGAAUAUUGUUCCAAAACUAGUCAUGCCAAGCUUUUGGACGAGGAAAAUUUGUUCGUGUGUACGGCCGCCAAGGAAACUUGGCAAGUGUACAAGAAAUAUUUCUAUGGUUUUGGCAAACAAAGGCGACGUGAGGUAAAUGUUUAACAACAUUACGUGCAGACGAACAACAAAACUUGUGAAGGAGAAAACUUGUUGACCGUAUACACGAGAAGGUAAACUUGUCUAGGAAAACUUGGUCAUCUGUACGGAGCUUAGUGUAUUUGAGGGAUGACAUGAUCAAAUUACCUGAAAAAUAUUAACAAGAACUGUACUAUAUAUCUUAUUAUUAUGUCUUAUUAUUAGAUAUUAUCUUAUUAUAUUGUUAUGUGGACAGACGUGUCACACAUUAUGCGGAAUGUAAUAAUAUCUCAUACAUAGUUUCAGUUAAUAUGGGAAUACGAUAAUAAGUCACGUGAUGCGCAUAGCACAACAUUGCAUUACGUUCAUUGAUCUAUGAUAAAAUUGCCCGCUGUCCCUGACGCACCAGGAAUUACUGUAAUCCCUAACCAACGGUACCUCCUCCAUCCCCAAUGCCAACUAGUUAUCCAUCAGAGAUGGAGAAUUACGUAAUCACAGAAGAAAAGCUAGUACGAAAAUCAAUUGGUAACCUCGAAGAACUUUGGAUAUCGACGCCAUCAAGCACAAGCAAUAUUGGCGAGCUAUGCAUGAAGUGGGACCAUACAGGGGCGGAUGAAACCUGGGUGGGACCUUGGUGGGACACUUGAAGCGACUGCGUACAGUGCUCGUUGGUGACUAAUUACAUAGUAUUUAAAACAAGAGCAGGAGUGCUUUAUCAGAUAUAAAACACGAGAGCGCACGUUAUCUAAGCCGAGAAAUCGAAGCUAAAGUUUAUGUAAAUGAAGAUGAUUUUUAUCAUAUAUAAAACCACCCACCCGGUAGUGAUUUCAUUUGUCUUUUCCUCAUGAAUUAUUAAUGAGUUUUUAAAAUACUGUAUAAUCUUCUCCACACCUACUAUUUGCAUAACAUUAAUAUACCAGAAGCGAACCUUAAUUCCCUGUUAACUUCCUUUUAUUGUACCAAUCAAAUUUCUUUUCCAUUUCUUUUCACCCAUUCUUCAAUACUAAUAUAUUGUGUUUAUUAUUCUGUUUUUGAUUCUGUCAUCCCUCAGGAAUGUUCUUUAUUCACAUAUUCCUGCUUUACAGUUAUACGACGUUAAACAAAUCUUCAAAAUCUUCACGGGGAGGGGGGAACGAACUCGGACCCCUUACCCCCAGGAACGAACUCGGACCCCUUACCUUCAGCUCCACAUAGCGGCUUACGUCUUUCAAAAAGCCUGCUCCUCUGAAUUCUGUUUGGAACCCUGUCAUCACAACGACGCAACCUACACUGGCACCAACCAUGUUGGUUGUGAUGACAGGAUUCCAUAUCAGUAUCUGUAAUGUGACAUAGUUAUGAUCAUCAGUGCAUAUGAAACAUUGUUAAAUGUCUACAGAACGGAGCAAGCUAUAUAUAGACCCAUUGCACUGACGUCACAAAUCCUUAGAGUGUCCUCCAGAUGCUCCCUAACAGUAUCUGUUCUAGUACAACAACCACAUACAGCGCAAAAAUUAACCAUUUUAAUACCAAAUUAUUAUAAAGUUUUACAAAAUUUGCUUUCUUUACAUUUAUAUUAUGCAUAGAUUGUUAAUUUGUCCUCCAGAUGCAUCGUCACCGGCGCUGUGACGUCAUAUGCAAUGGGUCUAUACACUUAUACAGUACGAAAGUCUGACAAAGAUCUUAUUCGGUUAUUUUACUUACUAUAUAUGCAAUUAUAAAAAGUGGUGUGACAUAUCGUUUCAUCACAUCCGGCAUGUUAAGUAGCUUAUCUUGAUUUAGGAUUGAGAACUGGCGAAAACAAAGGAAAGCUGAAACUCUUGAGAAAGAAGCGGAAAGUGAUCCAAACAGAAAAGGAUGGACUUUAGAAGAUGACGAAGAAGACGAUGCUGAAGAUGUAUGAUUGUGUUUUUAUUUUUUGUGUACUUUCUACAAAUUUGGGAACUAUUAAGAAAGGUUCGAUUCCUGCAACACGACCAGAAAUUGCACAGACAAAUGAUCAUGUCACUGAGUAUUCAUUGCAUGCUUGCCAUCGUGAGCUCAGUCAAACAUUUUAUUGUUUUUAGGCCUUCUUAUUCUAUCAAUAAAUAAAAAACUUUGCCGACGUUAUCUUGAAAUAAUGUGGUAGUUUGCCUCAUUAACAUUCAGUGCAGGUUAGCGUGUACAAUCUGUGCAUGUUCAGUUAAGAAUACUGUAGAUAGCUCAUCUUAGCUCUCAAUUUGUAGUUGCAAUUUCUGAUCGUGCAUUUGGUUGUGAGAUUAUAAUUGUACCUUGCAUGAUGUGAGAAAAGUGCUUCCUGUUGAAUUCUGGUUUUCUCUGGGUAGUCUCAUUUCUUCUUGUAGUGGGACAGAAGUAAUAAGGAAUAGCCCUAUACUGGACAUCUUGGGAAAACAGUUUAGAAAUAAUAGAGCUGUCUACAGUAAAAAUUAAGUUAGUUUGGCUUAGAUGUUUUAAUGGGUUGUUUUUCUAUCUUCUAUUAGGUCAAUUCCGAGAAUGGAGAUACAGGUAUAUUUAUAAUUUGGUUUUUAUAUCUUACGUGGAAAAUCAUUGCAUAUUGACAUAUAAGUCAUUGCAUAAAUGCCCAGUAUAAUUAAACAUGAUGUUUUCCAAAAAAAUCAAAGUAAUAAUUUUUCGUGCUUUCUUUGGUUUCAGGAAAUGAGAACUCUACGGUCACACAGGUAACAUACAGUGUGCAUAGUUCGAAUGAAUAUUUAUUAUUUAUUAUAUAAAGUAGAGUGCUUUAUAGAGAUUUCGAGUACUGAUAAAACUGAUAAUCUCACAUGUGAGAUUAUUUAUGAUAAUUUCACAUGUGAAAAUUAUCGCUUUUCAAUUAUCGCUUUUCUGUAAGAAUUAUCGCUUUCCAAAGACUGUCAUAAAAAUACAUGGAUGCUUGGAAAUACCAGAUUUAUUUCUCGUGUUGAACAUGAUAUCUCACUCGUUCGCUGCGCUCAUGCACUCUUGAGAUAUCUUGUUCAACAUGUUCAACAAAUACUAAAACAAUUACCUCGGUGAUUAUCGGGGAAUAUUCACCUCGACUUCGUCUCGGCGAAUAUUCCCCGAUAAUCACCUCGCCUUCGGCGAAUAAUUGUUAAAUAUAAAAACAACUGCGAAUGUGCUAUAAUUUUUAUCAUUUAUUUCAGGAUGAGGAUGUUGAUCCACUAGAUGCCUUCAUGGUUCAAGUUGACCGGCAGGUACACUAGUGAGGCUUGCAUGUGACUUCUUACAAACAAAACAAAGACUGUUUGGGAAGGUUGUGAGUUUGCUGCAAGCAUUGUGAGACAUUGCAUUCGUUUGCUUAAAAACCCGAGUAGCGAGCGAAAACAUGACCAAAGGUUGUUCAAUUACAUUUAGCAUUAUUCCAGGUCGAGUUAUGAAAUGAACACAUUUUAAUUUUUAUUUCAUCAUUGAAUGAGUAAGAUUUCUUCACACAGAAAGUCGCCUCUAACCUUCAUUAUUUAUUUGUUUUCAGGUGUCUAAACAGAAACAGGAUGGUGAUAAACGCAAAGGAAUUACAAAGUCAGAAAAAGGCAAAGCAACUGUCAUUACUACUGUUGUCAAGAAAAAGGUUGGUUUUCUCGUUUUAGUAAGACUGUAAACUUCGUAUAUAUUUGAAAGCUCUUAAUCAUUAAAACCUGAACAACCGGACUCAAAAUUUCUAAACUAGCAUAUCCGCUAGAAAUUUUGGCAUUAAUUGGCACCGUACGUAUCACGAAUCUCAGUUAGUUUUCUAACCAAAUCACUAACAUACCAUUUACUGUAUUGAUAUUGAAAACGUUUUGAUAUAUGUAGCUACUUUAAUAAACGUCAUCCGUCCAUGUGCAUGUUAACAAUUAGGUAAACUUUCAUCAGUAUCUGAAUUUUGCCCGCAAAUCGCAGCGUGUAAGCAUAGGCAUACAUAUUUCUGUAAUAUACCACAUUUACAAAUAUGUUUCGUUUGUGUUUUAAGAUUGUUGCCGAGGCAGAUAAACAGAAGAGCGUUUCAAAAGGCGAAUUAAUGGUUAAUGAUGAAGAUGCAAUGGAGGUAGGUUGAUGAUAUCUUAAACAGUCCAGUGGACCUAACAAAAUCGUCCCCUUUGGAGCAGUUGCAGGAAAUGUUGAGCCUGCCUGCAAUGGCGGAAACUUCGCAAAGUAUUGAGGGUGGGAGGCGGAUUUAGAUUGCCAAUAUAUCACCUUUUAUGCUGGAAAUUGUGGUUGUUUGUUCGAAAAUAUUGGGGAAGUGGGCGGUUGAAAAGUCCCCCCCCCCUAGUGUCCGUGGAGACUAACAUUUUGAAUGUUUCUGAAAUAUGUUUUAACAUGCAGUAUUACGGUUAUUAUUGUUUAUUAUUAUAUUUUAUGAAUUCAAUUUAUCAUGCAUGUGUAUAUCGACUUUAUUUAUUCUGACUUAUUUUAAAUUUGUGUAAUUUUAAUUCCAUUGAAGAGGCUCAUUGUGAUUGUAAUGGUGCGCACACGAAAAACAGAUAUGUAUACAUACUUCACAAUAUUUUUUUUCCAGUAUUCUUCAGAAGGCGAAGAAGAAGAAGAUGUCCUAGCUGAUCCAAAUAAUAUAGGUUACAAAACCAAACCGAAAAAGGUAUGACAUUUUGCUUGGUGGGUAUUUCGCUUUCCGCAGAGUCGUUCAGACAGAACUAAUGGGGAAAUUCAGUGUAAAUAAAGUAACCUUAGUUCAGGGGCGGAUUUUCGUUUUUUUAAAAGGAGGGGUGGAAAAAGUUCUAGUGGGGUGCAAGUGAGCUUCGGCAGGGGUUAGGCGUUAGGGUUAAAGACUUUCACACAAAAUAGAAGGGGUGAAGCGAAAUUUUGGUGGGGUUGAACACUUUAUAAGAGGGAUUAGAGAGAUUCUGGGGGGGGGGGGGUUAACCCACCCCCAGUAAAUCCGCCCAUGCCUUAGUUUGUUUAGUAGUUUAGUUCAAUAUACCAGCCGAGGGUCAGGCAAUUCGAUAUGUUUUGAAUGUUAUUGUCGAUUUCAGGUAACUUUUCAACACGCUGUUCCCAAGUUCGUUGCGAACUUGCCAAUUACGUUGUCAAGUUCGGAAGUUGGGCGUGAAAUGCGCAACGAAGUUCGCAAGUUCAUUUCAAAGUUCGAACUUUGAUUGUAAACAAAUUUUGAUAGUUGGAGUUGAACUGAUUACUGUAUAAGGCCCUAUGCACAUAUCUGCAGUAAAAUAUUGGUCCAGUGGUCUCCUUUUUAAAUAAAUUUAUAAAUGAAAUUUUUACAUUUGUUUACAGUCGAAGUUCGAACUUUGAAAUGAACUUGCGAAAUUCGUUGCGAAGUUCCCGCCCAACUUCCGAAUUAGGAAACGUAAUUGGCAAGUUGACAACAAACUUGGGAACCACGCUUUGAAAAGUAAUCUGAAUCGUAGCCAGCGUAGCCGGCUCUUUUAUAAGAAGAGCCUGCCUGAAAGCCCUAGUAAGAUUGAUUACGCCUACUUAGUUAAUAUUCCAUAUUAACACCGCCCACUUGAAAUAGUUUUGUAUAAAUGAUGACAUGAAAUGUCAAUUGUUGCAUAUUUACUAUAGCCUACGCUACAUGCUUUCAAGAAACUUUUUACAAUAUAUAGAUGGAUAGCGAUUCAACUGCCUGGAAAUACAAGCAAAACGUCGGCAUUUCGAGCGAAGCUAAGGCCUUUCGACUUUGUGUGGAAAUUAAUAGUAGACGAAGACCGUUCAAAAUUAUAUUAUGCUUUGCACCUGUAUGGCUGUACUACAGUUAUAAAUAUUGCAGUAUUAAAUAUAAUAAAUGACUUAGGAAAAAAGUAAAUAGACCUCUUCCCGUGUUAUACACGUUGGCAGGCAAAUGUAUUUUAAAAGCUCCAAAGAGAGCUUCGUAUUAUUAUGAUGUAAACACAAUGGGGAAUGUAUUAUUUUAUAUAGUCGUAAUUUGCCAGCCAGCAAAAUAUAAACAAGGCAAGGACAGCCAAGGUUUUAUACUCUAUACUAUAGUGACCAUACGGUAAAAUCAUACGACAUAUGCAGUAAUAGCAGUAUGGCUUUCCUUUUUCCGUUUAGAUACCGGUAUAUGUUAUACAUUUUACACUUUGUUAGCCUAUUUGAAUUUUAUAUUUUAGCCGACAGGUUUACACUUCAAUAGCGAUGCUGUUUGUUUUUACUGUAUUUAUUUUUAAAUUUUUGAAUAAAUUAGCGUAAUGAUGCUUGUGAUGUUACUCUGAGUGUAUAUCCACACCGGGCAAGCUUGAAAAAUAUGCCUGACCACGGUGGAAAUCGAACCUACGACCUUUGGAAUACUAGCCCAAUGCUCUGCCAACUGAGCUACGCGGUCUGGUCGGUUCAAGUAUGUGAUAUUUCGGAACAGAAUCUAGUUCCUUCGAUAUCAAUGUUAUCUAAUAAUAAUCAUGAUUUUUCUGUGUUGGUGUAAUGUACUCAGGUGAAUAUGAUGCUUGUGCUAGCAUUCCAAAGGUCGUAGGUUCGAUUCCCACCGUGGUCAGGCAUAUUUUUCAAGCUUGCCCGGUGUGGAUAUACACUCCGAGUAACAUCAUAUUCACCUGAGUACAUUACACCAACACAGAAAAAUCAAAAUUAGCGUAAUAUGUCAAUCAACCUGUGGUCAACGUAAAUUCAGCCAAUCACAAUUCUCGGCAGCUGGCUGCCGAGAGUGAUCAAUUUUACUAGGGCUUCCGGGCAGGCUCUCCUUCAAUUAUCUGCCCUAUAAAAGAGCCGGGCCAGCCGGCCACGCUGGCUAGACAAAUCGUUAAAUUCACACCAACUGAUAUUUUAUAAACGUAGGGGCGUAGGGGCAGCGCUGCGUUUUAGGGAGGACGCCUUUUUGGCUUUUCCAUUAGAAAAAGGUACUUUUCCCAUUGUUUUGUUUGGGAAAGGGGUACUGAAAGGAAAACGUGGGCGUGGCGAAUAUUCCCCUAUGAAUGUAGCUGUUAAACUUGGACGUUAGUUAAUAAAGUCGCCUGUUAAAACAUUAAGUUGUGGUACGGCGUUAUUGACUGACUCUCAUGGACCCCCCUCAUGUAUACAGUCGAAUUCAGGACACCACAGGACAGAGCAACUUGUCCGUAAAGGUCGCCACAAUGACGACCACUACACCACACUAUUAAAAGUUUAAUAGUUUAAGGAUUUUAAAUUAAGUAUCUACACCUAAAAACUAUUAUAUACAUACUGCUGUUUAUGAAUGAUUGUUUUGGAACGAAACGAACUACAACGACAUUUUGCAGCUAAAUAAAUUAAUGAAGCAUUGAUGUUUGUUAACUGCUAACACCUGAUUAACGGAGUGUCUGUAAUAAAGAGAAAACUGGGGCCUUUGGUGGCGUAGUCGUCAGGGCAAACGCCUUUCACCUCUAAGAGUGUGAGUUCUAUCCGUACAUCGGACUAAUGACACUUAUGUGAAAAGAGUUAGUCAACCUUCCUCAGGUUUCCUGCCACAGGGAAUGUUCACAGGGUGGGUUGGGAUUAGCCCCCUAACUGACCCUCCCAUGCCCGUAGCUGUGCUCUGUGAUCAGACAUGAGUCAUAAGGUGGCUGCCCGAGGCGCCCUUAGUGAGCAUUCGACUCGAUCAGGUUGAGCUGCCUCCUUCGCAAUUCAGCUCAGCAGGAUGAUUAGUAUGCACACCCUAUAGUUACUCACUGAAGCCAAAGAUUAGAUACGAUUAAGAUGUGCCACUCUGCGAAAAUUAUGUCCGAGAUUUUUUUAUAGCUGCCAUUUUGCCAGUAAGUGUCAAAUCCAACGCCAUCAGUCUCUAAAUAGUAAAAUCCAACGCCAUCAGCAAAGAUUAGAUACUAUAAAGAUGUGUCACUCUGCGAAAAUUAUGUCCGAGAUUUUUUUAUAGCCGCCAUUUUGCCAGUAAGUGUCAAAUUCGUCAAAAUUCGUCAUAUAGCGCGAGCAUCGCGAUGGCAACCUAUUGUAUUCAGUCUCGCCGCCAUUUUGGCAGUAAGUGUUAUGCACUCGUCAUCUCGCGUGAUCACUCGUGAUCAGCACGGAAAAUUACGGACACGCAAACAUUAGGGAAAUACGUCGAGUGGCACAUCUUUAUCGUAUCUAAUCUUUGCUAAAGCUGCGGUGUGAAGGAUAUACAAUCACCUGAAAAAUAUAACUUCGUCUAUAAACUUCCCGACUAAGGGCCUUCGCUCGAAACGUCCACGUUCUGCUCAUAUUUUUCAUGCAGGUACAGUAGUUGUAUACAGUGGCGGAAAUUCACUUUUUCCGGGGGGGGGGGCAAAGCCUCCUAAAUUUCCGACAAAACUCUCAAAUUUCCGACAUACCCCCCCCCCCUAUUUGCACUCGAAAAGACUGUUUUAGCCUAACACCCGAGUCAAAAUUUCCGAAAGCACGUCAAUUUUCCGUGAAGGCGGCGCCGCCCACCAAGAUUUCCGCCACUGGUUGUAUACCGUUCACACCGCUACUUUCUGUUAUCGUCUCUACCUACACUUGCAAGAUUGUAAUAUAUAGAGGUUAAAUUCAUAUAUACGGUAUUUGUUCUUUGUUGACAAAAUUAAGUAUCUGUUUUCCGUGUUAGAGAGUGUACGUAUUAUAUAGAGAUUAUUUUCAAAGAAAAUAGAAUUUUAUUGAAAGUUUUGUCGGGACAUAGGAGAUUGUCUGUAUUUGAGAGGUGUCCGUAUUACAGAGGUUUAGCUGUGUUGUAUUAUUGUAGUUAAUAUUUACCCUGGCAAUUUUUUUAUUCAUUUACAGGAGUUAGCUGCAGUUGAUCAUUCUAAAGUGUAUUAUCAACCUUUUAGAAAGAGCUUUUACGUCGAAGUUCCUGAACUUGCCAAGCUCACACCUGAAGGUAUUCUUGUUUUUGUUUCUUGUUUUUUGUGCAUGUUCACUGGUUUGCAGAUGGCAUUGUAAUUUCUUUGGUCACAAACACUUCAAAAUUUAGGACAAUAGGGAGAUUAUAUUAUGUGGUAAAAUAUUUCAUGAGUUGAAAGAUGGAAUAUAACACCAAAAUAAAUCUAUCGAUGUGUUAUUGCCGGAAUUAAAUAUGAAACCAAUACAUACCUGAGUUGCAUGUACAAUAUUUAAAAUUAAUAGAAAUCUAAGAAAUAAGUCCUAAAAAUGUUUGAGUGAAGAUGUAAUAUUUAACACACGUGAUCAUAAUCAGCCAAUUAAAUGACCAAAAUUAAUGAUAAUAAUAAUAAUUAUAAUUUUUAUACUUAUCCAGGAUACCCAACAUCACUUACGUGUUUUUCAGUGGUGUCCGGCAUCAAAUCAUGCAAAAUUACAAUUAUUUACAAUAUUAAUUGUCAAUAUUUAAAUCGUUCAAAAAUAUACAAAUAUAUACAUGUACGUUACAACAAUGAUAAAAGAACAAUUAAUUUAUAAUUCAAUAAAAUUUAAUUUAGUCGAUAAGCAUGUAACGUGCCCCAAAUGGUAAGGAAAGAAUCCAUCAAUUCUGUAGUCAGGAAGUUAAGAUGAUAUUGCUCAGAAUUACAGUGAAAAUACAAAAAGUGUCCCACUUCCGCUUCUGUAGUUUGUUGUGAUUUACUGUAAUUUGUUCUGUUUUUCUGUAGCGAUUACCGAUUUAUUGGCAAAUACUGCGAUAAAAUUUAAAUUUCGUACCUUUUAUGCAAUGAAACUAACGAAAAAUGUAUUAUUUCCGUUUGCUACAAAUUAUCAUAUUUAAAAAUGGAGAAAACUAAGUUUUAUCGCAGUAUUUGCCGAUAAAUCGGUAAUCGCUACAGAAAAACAGAACAAAUUACAGUAAAUCACAACAAACUACAGAAGCGGAAGUGGGACACUUUUUGUAUUUUCACUGUAAUACGUAGAGGCACUGUGCACACCCACGAACUAAACUGUACACAUAUAUUUAAAAUAUAUCAAGCAUGCAUGCAACAAAUAGGUCUUAAAUUGAGAAUUUAAUGUGGUAAUAACAUUUAUAUAUUAGUAUUUUUGCACAAGUGAAUAUAACAAAUCAUACAAGUUGAUUGGUCAAAUUUGACGUAUUAAAUUGUUUUAUUAUUUAUUUAAAAAAUUCCUGGUUUUUGAUUGGCUAACAGCUAACUGUGAAAUUGUCAUAUCAACUCAAUGGCUAACCAAAUAUGGAUUUUUCACAUUCAUAUUAGCAAAAUGACGUCAAAGAGUCAAUAUGAAAAAAAUUGGACGCGUUUGCGCCAUAUUACUAUGACAACGAGAAUCAUAUUGACUCGCUGACGCCAUUGAUAUGACGACGACAAUGGCUGCCGAAGGACUAAAGAAUUGUUUUUUCUUAAUUUAACAAGUAAAAUACAAUUGGAUUCCGUUUGUUUUGAUUUUUUUAAAUAAAUAAUAAAACAAUUAUUGAAUUCGGUUUUCGCACAAUAUGAAGAAUUAUCAAGCCCUCAGUUUGCCGUUAUCAACCUCAGCCUUCGGCUUCGGUUGAUAACGGCAAACUUCGGGCUUGAUAAUUCUUCAUAUCGUGCUCAACCUCAUUCAACAAUUGUUAAAUAUUCACCUACAAGAGCCGGUUGUUCGAAAGCUGGUUAGCUUAACCCUAGGUUAACUUAAAAUUCCAAAGCAAACUUCCCAACAGCUUGUAUAUAAAUUUGGAAAUAUUUCUUCAAACUAAAACAGCAUCGAUGUUUAAUUUUAAAAGAGGGUUAGCGCUAAUCCAGCUUAAUUUGAACAACCAGGUGAAUAUAACAAAAACAAAAUUUGAAAAAUGGUGGCUUAUUGCCGUUUUGUGGAAGUUACUGAUACAGAAAUAAUCAAAAUUAAAAUAAAUUUAGUUUCAAAAAACACAAAAGACUUAUGUAAAAAUACUAAAACAAUUAUUCGCCUCAGGCUCGGUGAUUAUCGGGGAAUAUUCUUAUAUUCAUCUCGACUUCGUCUCGGUGAAUAUUCCCGUUAAAUAUUUAACAAAUAUAAAACAUUUUCCGUGUUGAUAUACAGUUAUAUCAACACGAGUGGAAUUGGGAAAACGAGAAAUUGUAUGGAAACACGACGCCCGAAGGGCGGAGUGUUUUCAUACAAUUUCGAGUUUUCCCAACUUCCACGAGUGUUGAUAUAACUAUAUAUCAAUACGGAAAAAAUGUUUUAUAUAUUUUUUAUAAUAUAGCAAUGUCAAAAGCCCGAAGGAUAAGAAAAAUUUCCGUAUUUACAAGCGGCGGAAAAUUUGCCGUGUUGACAUUGAGUUAUAUCAACACGGCUCUUAGCCAAUCAGCGUUCAGAAUUUACAAAUGCUAUAUUAUAAUGUUAAAUAUUGCUCAUGCAGUUGCACUGAAUAGUCGGAACAAAAUAUUUGAACGACAUGUUUGAUGUUUGGCGGUCUAUAGGUGCACGAUCACGUUGCAGACAGGUGUACAGUACAAUCAGUCUAAUUGUACAAGGUUAUAAAGUUUUCACUUCAUAUAAGGUUCUGUCCACUAAAUAUACCAGUUAAUCACUCCCAAAUGUUUACGGGAUGCACAAAUUAUUUAAAUUUUUGUUGUUUGUUAGUUAAAGUAAUUUUGUAAAGUUUGGCAUUAACGGCCAUUAAUUUUUCUUCUUGAUAAAUAGAGUCUUGCAUUUACCUCAAGCCGUUUGCCUUUGUUGAAAAUAUAAAGUAGUACAAUCCUAAAUCUUCGUAUGCGAAAAAAGUAGACAAAAGGAUUAAUGCAUGAAUUAAUAUAGAUAAAUGAAAAUAAUCUCCUCCAUACGACAAAGUUUGAAAUGGAGUUAAAGGCCAUCAUUUGAAGAACGGCAUAGGGCAAGUACGUGGCAUAAAAUAGACAGACAACAAUAAAUGUGUUUAACGCCAAUUUCAGAAGACCUUUUUCCUGUUUUUUUCGUUGUGGAGUUGCUAAAGAAUUUGAAUUAUCCAAAUUUCGUCGUGAUGAUAACUGAUGUUUCACAGCUUUAAAAACCACUGCAUACAGAUAAGCAACAAAGGUCAUCUCUAGUAAAACAACAGCACUUAAAGUUUUAUCCAAUAUGUCAUGGUCUAGACGCGCAGUUGAGACAUCGACUAAGAAAUGAGCGAUGCCCAAAGCUACUGCUACAAGCCAAGAACAGAAAAUCAUCAGUAAUGUCCUUGUUCUAGUCACAAAAGUUGCGUAUCUCAAUGGAUAGACCACUGCGACAAACUUAUCGAUAGCAAUGGUCAACACAGCCGUACUGCUUAAGAACAAGCAAAACGUAUUCAGACUUGUAUAGUUUUCCUUGUACUCGGGUCUUCCUAAGUUCGUGAGAUAAAUAUUCCAUGGUAAAAAGGUUGUCAGUGAUAUAAGAUCUACCGAGGCCAGGUUUAGAAUCAACAAGUCUGAAUUCUUUAGUCGUAACUCGUGUCUUUUUGCGAAUAAAAUGAUCACAAGAAAGUUUGCUGUCGAACCAACAAUAACUUGCAAUGAAGCAAAGGACGUGAGAAGAUACACCUCCAUAUUGCUCAAUUUUGAUGUAAGAUUGCUCAUCGUUACAGUGAAACAAGUUAUAUUAAAAUGUGUUUCGAACUGUGGAAGUUUAUAUAUUGAUCAAUAGACAAUACCAUGUAGUUUUCCAUUCCUCGUGACAAUAAUAAAUUUAUUAUACAGCGAAAUUAAUUACACAGGUAAAUAAAAGAGGCAAAAGUUUGUUAUGUUUCAUUGUCAUUGCCUCCCUCGCAACGACUCAAAGAGCGGCUGCAUGCGUGGGAGACUACAUUGUCAUUGGCUGAUAUAAUUUGUAACUGUCUAAGAACACUUAAGAAAAGUAAGGGAGCAGUGACAUGCCCUCUUAGUUGUACGCUUGCACAUAAGCGCCUUUAUACUGCCCACAAUACUACCCAAAAUCAACAAAUAACGGUAAAAAUGCCUUGUUUGGUACAUUUCCAAUAAGAAUCAGAUAAAAGAAACAGACGCUCAAAGGAUGGUUUAAUUAUACGACAGAUUACAAAAACCGUUUCCAGAUCUAUUCAUCUAUUAAAAUGGCCGCCAAUAGGAAUUUGAGCCCGCAGUACCAUGGUGUGACACUAAUCUUUUAACAAUUAUCUACCAUUAUAAUUUAAUAUAUUUAUCACUUAUUUACUGAGACCGAGGGAAAUAGUGUGUUUUGUGGACCCGACAAAACACACUGCUUUCCCGAGGUUUCAGUAAAUAAGUGUUUUGUUAUAUAGGGUAUAAGUGUCAAAGUAUGAAUAAUUCACCGGUUAUUGGAGUGAACUUAAUUUGAAACCAAAACUGGAUAAAUGUUUAGUAAAAAGUUUAAGUUUAAAAAAUGAACUUUGGAACUUCAUGGUUGACACGCAUGCGUAUUGCACCCAUUUUAUUAUUGACCGGUCAAUAAAUGUUUGAUUGCGGACCGGUUGCCGAACAUGACGUUUUGUGGACCGGCACGUGACACGGUUUUGACCAAUCGGCAAACAGAAAAAUUGAACUUUGACACUAACUAUAUAACAAGUUAACUGGUUAUAUAGUUAGUGUCAAAGUUCAAUUUUUCUGUUUGCCGAUUGGUCAAAACCGUAUCACAUGCUGGUCCACAAAACGCCAUGUUCACUGCGUGCUUUACCGAGGAAGCAACCGGUCCACAAUGAAACAUUUAUUGACCGGUCAAUAAUAAAAUGGGUGCAAUGCGCUGAUGCGCAUGCGUGUCAACCACGAAGUUCCAAAGUUCAUUUUUAAACUUUUUACUAAACAUUUACGGCGUUCCAUUUAUCCAGUUUUGGUUUCAAAUUAAGUUCACUCCAAUAACCGGUGAAUUAUUCGUACUUUGACGCUUAUAUACUAUAUAACAAAACACUUAUUUACUGAGACCUCGGGAAAGCAGUGUGUUUUGUGGCCCCUCGACCGCCGAAAACAAAUUUAAUGUUAAAAGUAGGUAUACAUGAUGCUGCCUCCUCCGUACAUGUUGUUCCGGCUGAAAAUAUACGAUUGAUAAUAUAUACUACUCUGAUGGCAGAUAAUGCACGCUUCCGGAAAGUACGUCAUCUUGGCUGUAGAGCCCCGUUUUCGUGAUUGAGAUGUUGGGCUUUAACUAAUACACGAAAACGAGGCUCUAUAUAGCCAAAGCGAAGUACUUUCCGGAAAGGUGCAUUGUUUUGUAAAAUUUUAGUUGCAGGAACCCCUGAUGCCCUGUUCGGGUUUCUUUCGCGUCAAAACUGUAUUUUUGUUCAUAUUUUAGAGGUGGAAGUUAUGUUGCAGGAUCUGGAAAAUAUCAAAGUAAAAGGAAAAAAUACACCAAAACCAAUCAAGACAUGGGCACAGGUAAUUCAAUUUGUAUUAUCAAAGUCGUUUGUCAAUUGAUUUACACCUGGGGCCGGUUGUAUAAGAAAAGUGAUAAAAGUUAACUAUAGUUAAGUGGAAAUGUCAUCCAAUAAGAAGCGCCUAUUUGAGAGUAAAUCACUGUUUAACUACAAAUCCACACCGCGGUCAAACAUGAAGUGCAUGCAGGCGUGUACAAAAAUGCAUGGCGGGGAAAUGUCUGCCAAAAUAAUAGAAGUAUAUACAGAAGAAAAGCGUUUACUAUAAGCAAGCGGCUGAAGCUACAAGGUAGGUAAUUUCACCGCUUUUUCAUUGUGUCAAGACGAAGUUACUCUCGUAAACUUCUAGAGCUUCGUGAAGACAAUACUAUUGUACAGGGCAAAACUUUCCCAGGGGCCCCUAUGACGUCAUAUAAAUUGCAAAACGAGAAAAGCGGUGUUUUACAUUAUGUAACGUUUUAUUGCGUAUUAUAUCCGGCACUGGCGCAGCUAGGAUUUAUAUUCUCGGUUCAACAAUCUUUGGGGGCAUGGUGGAAAAGACGGAGUCGGAGUACGGAGUCUGUCAAAAAAUUGUUUAUUUCGCAUAGAUUCGAUUUUAACGAGACUCCGCGUUUUCUACUUUAUGGGGGAAUAAAGUGAAAACGCGGAGUCUGUCAAAAAAUUGUUUAUUUUUCCGCAUAGAUUCCAUUUUAACGAGACUCUGCAUUUUAAUAAACAUUUUUAACGAGACUCCGCUUUGGGUAUAAAGUGGAAAACGGAGUCUCGUUAUUUAGGCAAAAUAAACAAUGAAUAUUUAGGCGAAAUAAACAAUUUUUUGACAGACUACGCGUUCUCUACUUUAUACCCCCAUAAAGUGGAAACGCGGAGUCUCGUUAAAAUCGAAUGUUUGCGAAAUAAACAAUUUUUUCACAGACUCCGUACUGGCGUAUUUAGAAUAGGUAAUAGUAUAUGGGUUAGAAUGCACUUUGGAAAACAUGCUCGAGUGAGCUUACAAAGAAGAUCUAAAUUCUACGAGUCCGAACGACUAGUGCAAUUUGAAAUAUUUGAAAAAGUUAUGCAGAACCAAAUUAAUAGGCACCUCCAUGCAUGAAUCACAUACGAAAUAAAUAAUUUAUUCAAUAGUUUGAAUUACAUAUCAAGUUUACAACUGUCGGAGGUCAAAACCUAAAUCAACGUGUCUUUUGUUUCAGCGCUUGACACUAAUUACUACAUUACUUUUUAUGGCACUGAAUUACUUUUUUAGCACUGAAUUACAUUUUUGGCACUGAAUUACAGUUUUUGCACUAUUUGUAGCCAGUCUGAAUAGAGUAUUUUUCCAUUUAUAUUAUUCCAUUUAUUAAUAGUUUAAUUUAUUUAUUCAAUCACCACAUGUUUUCAACUGCAGCUAAUGACAUGGACAUGUGUUUAAGAUGUUAACCCACCUUGUUAAAGAGGUGUUUUGUGGGAACAGAGUUCUAGACUUGGACUCAAGUCGCAAUUUUUAUGACUUGUGACUUGACUUGGACUCAAAUAAAAUGACUUACGACUUAACUUGGACUUGCAAGAAAUGACUUGUUAACAAUUCUGUGUGGGAAUACACCAGAAUACUCGGGAAAAACUUGCGAUUUCCGGCAAAUCGUUGACCACGUCUCAUUAAAUGUUCUACUUCCAGAACUAAAAUUGAACCCACAGUCCCAUAGGUGAAAUAUGACAGCGUCACCGAAACCCCGCCAGGAUGUUUGUAAUGAUUGUGUUUCCUUAUUAGGCUGGAUUAAGUUUAAAGAUAAUGGAAGUUUUGAAGAAGUAUGAUUGUGUAAUCCUGUUUCACUGCUAUACUGUGCAUACACCAUUCCAACUGAUUUAGUUCCUAUGUAUAAAACUGUAUGCUAACCAAAUAUUCCCGGGACAUCAUUUAUGUAAGAUAUGGUUACUGGCCACUAGGCUAAUGGCGGUUUAUUGGUUAACUGAAAAAAUAUUUUCCUCUGGAGAUCGAUAUAUCGGUUUUUCUAUGAUUAUCAGCAUAGAAAUAAACAUGCAUGCCAGAACAUGCCAAAGAAUAGAUCUGUUUUAAUGUAAACAUAACUGUUAACAUCGUUUUGGUUAUCAGUUUUGGUUGUUUUUCAAAGCCAUCUCAGUUUACUGGGCAGUACUGGUCACCAUUCAUAAUACUCUAUAUUAUAUAUAUCCUAAGUGUAUAAUACUUUAUAUAUCGCCAAGGUUGUUAUAUCGUGGUAUGUUAUAUCAUACUUUAUUGUUUUAUAGGUGCAACUAUGAGAAGCCUACCCCUAUUCAAGCUCAAGCUAUGCCUUGUGUAAUGUCGGGGCGAGAUAUGAUAGGUGAGAUACAGUUAAAAAAGGUGAUGUCGUGCAACUGAUAACUCAGAAAAAUAGUUGAAGGGUUUUGUAGAUGGAAACGAGUGGACAUUUAUAUACUUUUAUUGAACCUAACCCCUUUCCUGCCAGGGAUCUAAAGUUGCAUUUUAUGCUUCUGUUCCUGGCUAGGUCUAAUAAAUUUAUAUAAAUUUCCACUCGACAAUUUCCAUCUACAUUACCCAUCAACUGCCAAGUUACACUGUUACUGGAAUCCAACUAAGCUAAUUCAACUUUGAAAUGUCAUUUUGGAUGUUAUCAAAGCUGUGAUAAGAGUUUAUUAAACGAAUCUUGCUUGGUUGAUCGGAUCAGCCUGGCUCCAUAUGAACAGCCCCCAAAACGUAUAACUAAAGCUAUCUGAAAGAAAGUUGGUGUAGUUCCAACGUCGAUUGCUGUUAUGUAUUUGUUACUCAAAUGAUUGUAUAAUGAAGUAUGUAUGAUUUCUCAGGUCACAAAUUUUUCGUUGUUUUCAUUGUAGGGAUCGCUAAAACAGGAAGUGGUAAAACUUUAGCGUUUGUGAUCCCAAUGUUGCGUCAUGUCUUGGAUCAACCUAGUCUGGAUAGAGAUGAUGGUCCCAUAGGUAUAUUAGACAAAUAAACUAUGUUUACAUGUAUAAAUACAUGAUAGAGCUAUCUAGUCUCAGCGCCCCCUCUCUAGCUCAGCGCCCUCUCUAAUAAGGUACCUGAUUUCAGAGAGAAAAAUAUUUAUCUUCCCCGCACUUUAUUAAGCCCUUAUUUGUUACUUCAUGACAAAGUUAACAAAGAAAUACAUGUCUACUGCUGCUGUGAUUUGUAGAAUGUCCUGGAACUUGUAUGUUUCCUAUCUGCUAUACCUUCUAAUCAAUACACCGCUCACCCUUUUAAACCCCCUAGCCCAUUCUCCUAUAUACACCUCCCACUUCGCAUCAGACGUGCAUGGGCUUAAUAGAAAAUUUACGAUAGCUUAGUUCAGGUUUAGCUGUAUACAGCUCAGUUGACCCAGGUCCAGAUCUCUACGAAAAUAUCUGACUUACGGAAUCUUUAUCACCAGCUAUAAUAAUGACACCAACAAGAGAAUUAGCACUACAGAUUCACCGCGAGGCGAAGAAGUUUUGUAAACCACUUUCACUUCGAGUAACAUGUGUGUAUGGAGGAACUGGCAUUAGUGAACAGGUGUGCAUACUAUUUUAGUGACUUUUAAACCUGGCAUCCAUUGUACAGGUAGUGGUAUACUGGGGGUGGUAUACAGCUAUUUCAAUUAAGGUUGUCCCCCGAGCAAAGCGGAAAAGUCGAAUACGAGCGCGAAAGGAAUGAAUUUAUUAGCGAUUCUCAGCAGUCUUUCGCGCUCAUAUUCGACUUUUCCGCUUUGCUCGGGGGACAACCUUAAUUGAAAUAGCUGUAUACGGAUUAUGCGACGUUUGCAGAUAAUAAGGGCCUUUGCUCGACACGUCGAAAUGUGUUAAUCUUUUUUUCAGUUAGUUUAGACACAAACAAUGACAGUUUAUUUCAGAAAACUAUGUAUACACUAGUAUAACUGUCACCGAUAUUUUACAUGUAUAUGUCACCAUAAUGGAUUGAUAUACUCUUUUGUUUUGAAGAUUGCGGAGCUGAAGAGAGGCGCCGAAAUUAUUGUAUGUACACCAGGACGAAUGAUUGACAUGCUCACUGCAAACAACGGUAUGUGGGUUUAAUUUGGCCCCCAGCACGCGCAUGCAUCGACGAAGAGUGUUAGGUACUAGUACUUGCAAAGUGGUUAGAACAUGUGCCUCUCAUCUCUGCUACUGUGCUUCAAUACCUGCGUAUAAUAGACAGUUAUGUCGUUAAACGUUCUUAUUCGUCGCGUCGAAGCAGAAUACUUCUAUAGUUUAGCUCCACGAAACACUCCAGAAUUCCUUCAGAUACUCCAGUUUCCCUCCCUGUUCUCUCUCGAGCAAAUAAAGGACGACCCUUAGUGGUUUAGAUCAAUAUAAAAGAAACUGAGUGAACUGAUGGAGCUGUCCAUAUAUAAAGUUAGACUUAACCUCCGUUUAUACACUUCCAAUUUUUGCUGCGAAUUUAGGUGCGAUUUUCGUUUUCUGAUAGAUGUGAACGAAUGGAUGAGUUAUAAUGUUCAGGGUACGGUACAUACAGUAUAUAUAUACUCAAGACAUUCAUAAGCCAUCUAUAAACAUGCUUUCGCUGCUAGGGAUGCAACUACCUGAAAAAUAGAAGGAGAAUUUCGACGUUUCGAGCGAAGGCUCUUCGUAGAAAUCGCAGCAAAAGUUGCAAGUGUAAACAGGCCUUUGUUUUUUUUUUAGUUUGUAUGUACACGGAAAUUUAAUUCAUUUUUCUCUGGUGUUCGAUUUCAGGUCGCGUCACAAACUGUCGCAGAUGUACGUAUAUUGUCUUGGACGAAGCAGAUAGGAUGUUUGACAUGGGGUUUGAACCGCAAGUAAGUUCUCAUGCGUUUUCUCAUUUUCAUAAGGCGUGAUAAACGAAAAAAAGUGUUGUGUUAAAUGUUGGUCCAGAUGUCUUCAUAUUCCUCCAAAUAUUUUCGCAUUUACAGCGUAUUUUCGUACUAGUUCAGAUCUUUGUGGAAGCGGAAUUAAGUUUUUAUAAUCUCAUACAUUCUCUUUUAAAUAUAACCAGUAAUAACUUACGAUCGAGGAUAAGCUGCGAACUUGUGUAGAUGAUGCAACGACCUGAAAAGUAUAGAGUGUUUGCACAUGACGUCACAGCCGCCAUGUUGGUGUUCAAAUUUUAAUUAGACUCUUUUGUCUGGAACACCAACAUGGCCGCCAUGGCUUUUGUUGAGUUGGUCCCUGGGGAAUGAGUGCAAACGCUCUAUAGCUGUUUUAAAGUUUGUUUUGACUAAAUCCAUCAUAUUGGUUUAUAAUUAUCACGUGAUCGCUUUUGUAUUCGCUAUUAUAAAGCACUCCAGACCCACGCUACUAACUUCCAGACAAGGGGUUUUCGAAACGUCGAAAGUCUUUUUAUAUUUUUUGGGUAGGUGCAUUAUACACACCAGUUCGCAGUUAGUAUUCUUUACUACUUGCACUGGCAUUGAACGUUCAAGAUCGAGGAAAGCCCAUUGCGUUUUGGUCAGCAUUAUUACAAUUUAUGACAACAUCGAUAUAAGAGCUAAUCGUAUUCUGUCCCUUACCCCAACCCUAGCUUUCCCUAUUCUUAAAGCUUUAUCCUUAUUCUAAACUGCAACCCUUCUCCCUCUCAACUCAGAUUGUUACUUACUGUAAUGCUAAUUUACGACGACAUGGUUCAUUGUUUUUAUCUUAAAUUUAGGUUAAUAAGAUUCUGGAUUGUAUUCGUCCUGACAGACAGACUGUGUUAUUCUCUGCGACAUUCCCGAGACAAAUGGAGGCUUUGGCACGAAAAAUCCUUACCAAACCUAUCGAGGUACA